AUCAAUACAGUGAUGAACACAUACAGAUCCAGAAGCAGUUUACCUUCCCGUGUUUUGGGGCUAUACUUUGCCGAUGCUGUCCACAUCUCCAGUCAGUUUGUUUGCACUUCCAAGUAUUUUUUUUUACAGUUCUCUUUUUCAAAACUCUCCCCAUACUAGAGUAAAAUUGGAACGUCAUACAAAUUCAUUAGAAACUGGAGAAAACUAAAAGAAAAUGAUGUAAAAUGAGAGAGUGCAAACAGAUGUGAUAUGAACAUAUGUAAUCAGAAUUUUCCAGUGUUCCCUAAUUACCUGUCCAAAUUUGUAAUAUCAGCACAUUUAAAACAUCUCAUAUUUACAAUGACCUUUUUAAAAAAAAUGUCUAGAACUCCCUCCAAAAUUUCUGAUUCUGGUCGUCUGCAUCUAAGUUCUUCAGCUAGAAACAAGCAUUGGUUGAAACUCCAUGCCUUACUCGAGGACACAAAACAUGACUAAAGCAACACUGGAUUUAAACCACAUAUUCAGGUCAGGUACUGUCUACCUGCAACGGUCAGUGUGCAGACACGCUGAAGAAAACCUGUUACCUUGAAACAUUCAAGACUCAGGGACAGUGAACACAAUGAGUGUGUCCCCCUAAGCUGAUUAUCAACCAAUAGGAUUCCAGAACCUUCCAUCGCCCAUCUCUCCGGUCAUUUAAAUACUAUCAGUGAGGGCCAUGAUGACUGGAUGGAGCAGAGUGUUUGAAAACAGCUCCUCAGUGCCACAAGAUGUUUUCCUUACAGCCUUAGCACUGUGGAGUGGAAUAAACUUGGAUUACAGGAUUUUUGUUGUUGGAGAGUUUGAAACAGAGGCUUUUGCUCCAUCUUUGAAGGGGCAGACUUGAGAUUGCUUUUAACUCCGUGGAGAGAGAGAGACAACACAGAGACAUAGACAACCGAACAUGGCGACUGAAUCUCUCAACACUAGCUAUGCCAGUACCUGCAAUUGCAACCACACGGACAUGAGGGUGCUGGUGGCCAACAACUACCACCCAGUCUCCAACCAUGUCAGCCCAAAUCACAUCAGUAUCGGCAACAUCAGCAACAGCACCAGCUCUUCCCAGAUGAUGAAGCGACGCACCCGGCUGGUAGAGAAGGACGGCAGGUGCAACAUCCAGUACGAGAACAUGUCCAAAGGCCGAUGGUGUAAGAUCAUCAAGGACAUCUUCACCAGCACCGUUGACAUGCCCUGGCGCUACAACAUCCUUAUGGUUGUUGUGGGUUUCCUGGCAAGCUGGCUGCUGUUUGCUGCAAUCUAUUACGGAAUCGCAUUAGGAAGAGGAGACCUCGAUCAUCUUUAUGACCCCGAGUGGAAGCCUUGCUUCAGACACUUUGAAAACUUCAAAUCGGCACUCUUGUACAGUAUUGAGGCACAGACGACAAUCGGGUUUGGGUAUCGCAGCCCCACUGAACAGUGUGGGGAAGUCCUCUUCUUCCUUAUCCUGCACACCCUCUGGGCAAACUUCAUUGAAGCGUUUAUCAUUGGCAGCUUCAUUGCCAAGGUAUCCAGGCCCAAAGCCAGGGCCAAGACGCUCCAGUUCAGCCACUACGCCUGCAUGACCAAACUUGAUGGCAAGAUGUGUUUCACCUUCCGCGUUGGGGACCUGCGGCAAAAUUCUCAUAUUGUUGAGGGUCACAUGAGGCUGCAGAUGGUCCGUCACUAUCUGACCCAAGAGGGCAAUGUCAUCCCCUACAAAUUCCUGGAUUUAAAUAUUGGGCAUGAAAUUGGCAUUGAUCGCCUAUUCCUGGUCUGGCCACUUCAAAUUGUUCAUGUCAUUGAUGACAAAAGUCCCCUCUACAGCAUCUCCCGAGAUCAUCUUCGGCACAUGGAUUUUGAAAUCAUCGCCAUCCUGGAAGGCAUCGUAGAGGCUACGGGCACUACCACCCAGGCCAGAACUUCUUAUCUCCCAGACGAGAUCAUGUGGGGCUUCCACUUUGAAAACAUGGUGGACGUGCGGGAAGACUGCCACUUUGUGGACAUGAAGCGGUUCCACAUGAUGCGGGAAUUGGAGGACUUCUCAAGAUGUAGUGCCAAGGAGAUAGACGAGAUGAAAGAGGCGGAAGAUAGGGAGGUGGACAGGGAUAGUGUCUGGACAUCGAGGAGGAACAGUGGGAUUAUCAGAAGGUCAUCGCCGAUCCUCAGAGAUGAGGAUAACAUUGAGUCUCGCAUCUAAUAAAAGCUUCCAGAUACUUUGACUGAAUAUAUAUGUUGGACUUUUCAUGGGUGUCUGCAGCGAGAAGCCAAGGACAGUAAACCGUGAAGAAAAAUGGCUGACACCACAGAAGAGAAUAAUAGGCUGAAAAGAAUAAAAAAGCAAAGCUCAUUGUGCAUUUGUAAGAAGUGCCUCGUUAUGUAAAGUUACUUGCAAAGAGUACAUGUACUACUGUAACAUAAGAAACCUAAUGUAGUAUUUAUACAAGAAAGAUUGUAAAACCUUAUUUUACCAAUUGUGACCGCCUGUUUUUGUAUAUCUUUUGUUUCCUGUCUCACUGAAAUACUCUCUAAAUGUUUUGGGGACAGGUGAAAUACAGCAUUAUUUUGCUACGAUUGGGAGUUUAAAAAAAACACUGCUGGGUGCUGGUUGCUGUGUGUUUAUGUAGACUAGAUCAGAGUUUGAACUCAAUUUGUCAUUUUACUGCAUACACCAUGAGGACUUUUCGUCAACAAAUGACCAAAUAUGUAACUUGUACAAAAAUUUCCAGAAAACGAACGUCACGAAACUCAGAGAGCUCAAGUGAAUGCUGCUGUUAAGCUCACGAAGCUGUUUUGUUGGCAGUCGUGUGGAAGUUGAAUAGAAAAGAUAAGUGUGAGGGCUGGGGUGCAAGGUUAACUGGAUCAACAGUUGGCAUUCUUCAGACUUGAUCCAUGCAUGGGAGCAACCUUGAUGGUGAAGACAAAGACUGCUUGAGUAUUGAAGGACUCUUGCCCAAUACAUGCUGGGAAAUUAGCAAAUAAGUGACAAGCCAACUGUGAAUUUUACAAAACGAUUUGUGCCCUGUUCCAAUCAAUUCCGGACAAAGUAGCACCUAACAAAAAUGUUUAUGAAUAGAAUGGGCAAUAGGGACAGAAAUCCAUUCUCGGGAUUAUAAAGAACUGUAAAUAAUGCAAAUUUUAAAUUAUUGGAAUUAAAGCAACUGGAAAACUCGAAAUACAAAAACUUCAAUUUUGUUUCUCAGUUUACCAGAGUUCAUGGGAAAAGGUCAAAUUCUUUUACGAAUGAUACACGAAAGUGUCAAGCUCCUUUGACUACAAAGUCUUAUUCAAAUUUACAAAUGACACUCUGCAUGUGAUGGAUAACAACAUUUAUAUGACGGGUUUUAACCUGUAGUGGUAUAGUUAUAUACAUGUAAUACACAGCAACACAGAUUCUAGAUGUAAAUACUAUCACCUUCAGAGAAACAUUGCAAGCUUACUAAAACGGAGCUUAGGGCGUCUGAUUUUUCAAGGUACUGUCUGUAUGUAUGAGUAAAAUAUGAUUACAACUAAUCUCAUAAGUUCUGAAGUCUUACCACUAUGCUGUAGUGUUUUUCUAGUAACUAACUUGCUUGCAUUUUUUUGGAGCAGAUGUAUCAAGCACCGACCUCAAGUCUGCUUAUUAUGCUACUGAAAAACAAAACACUACAAGGUAAAUUUACGAAGGUUAUCGAGUACGUCAUUCUCAUCUUGAAAUCUUAGAUUUGGGAUUCAUCCAUUUUGUUUCAAAGCAACGAGUCUAAAUGAGCUUUAAUUUAUUGUGCGUCAGAGAGGAAUUUGGUCAUAAUUAUGCCGUAAAAUAACCCCAUAUUCUAACACCAUUUAUUUACAAGUUAUACUUGCAAUCAGUGUCAUAAAAAAUUCAAAAAAGCUUUUUAGUAUGUCAAGGUUACAAUUUAUCAUUUCACUUUCAUUCACAAGUGUAGACCAGUUGCCUGUCUUGUAAAAAACACUCAUGAACUAAACUAAGUUUCGCAUUAUUACUCGUCAAAACUGGCAGGUUUUUUUACGACUUUUUUUUCAGUUGUAUUAGUGAACUCGGUGUAGGACAAUGGGGACGAGAUGGUUACAAUCUCCCUGAUGAGGUACCAACAUAAACAGUAGUUUUAUAACACAUGUAGGCUUUUUCACUUUGAUAAAUGAGAAUGUGAAACGAGAAAGUGUAGUCCUUGGAGAUGCAUAAGCACUAUGUGUACAUAUGGCACUAACUUGUGCCUUGCACUGAAAAACCUACAAUGUAAACAUAUUGUAUCAAAAUAAAAUUUUAACAUGUAAUCAAUCAAGUUAUGAGACUCUUUUUAUUUAUGAAGCAACUUCUUUAAAAAUGUGCUGAAGUCCUUUGGCAACAGACUUUCGUACUGUAUGAUGAAAGUGUACAGAUAUAAGUAUGUUUAACGUCUGAAGGUACACGUAGCAAUUAAAACUGGUAUCAAUGGUGUGCUGCAUAAUGGCGUCCUGUCUCCUUUUUUUCCUGCACCCUACACUAUCACCUGCAGACAAAUGACUUUGUACUGAUGCAUUGCUAUGACUGCUGUAUGCCAAGCUGCGUGACUAAACGUAUAUUCACUCAAUCAAAGGCCAGUGAGUCACAAGAUUAAUUUGGAGUCUGACAAAUAAUGUGACAAUUCUGAAUUUGAAACGUAGAUAUCAGUGUAAGACUUUGGGGGGUGGGUUGGAGAAUGAAUGACCUCAUAA